UGGUAAUUCUAACUCUGAAGAAUAACAAUUCUAUAAACCCUGUUGGAACAAAUCUGGACAAAAUCCAAACUUCCGUGUUGAUUAAUUAAGUAUCGGGGUCUUUCGUCACCAAAAAGAGGUACUUGUAUUUAGGCAGCACAAGGAGCUAGAUCAUAGAUGUUCCGGAGUUUGUGGAUGGCGAGGCCUGUUCUUUUUCUCUUACUUUCGAUUCUUGGACUUGCCGAAGCCUGGUCUGGAACUAAUCAGCAGCUGUGUUCCAGAACGAGGGUGAAAUGUGUGUGGGUGUGGGGCUGCAGAUACCGCACGUGGAGCGGAUGUUGUGCUUGGGGAUACAUUAAUGUGGAGGUCAGAGAAACAGAAUAUUUCUGUUGUUCCAAAUGGAAACACAACGGAAACCAAGUGUGCAAUAUACCCAUCUGUCCUUAUGACUGUGGAGGGAGUGCGAGAGGAGACUGUAUCAGCCCGGGGAUAUGUCAGUGCAAGGCAGGAUUCACGGGAACCUACUGCUCUCAGAUUGCUGCCUGCUCACACCUGCGACCCUGCUAUCCUGGUUACUGUACCACCGGAAGUAACGCAUGUCAAUGCCUCAACAAUUUUAGCCCACAAUCCACCGAAACCGAAAACUGUCUCAUUUAUCCGACAGAUGAAGCGUAUAAGCCGACCAUUGAACAGAGUACAAUGGAACUAGAAUAUUAUCAUCAGGUUAAACAGAUGGUCAUAUAUAACAUGACUAUUGAUUCAGCAAUGAGUCCAAACAACGUGGAGACGUUUUGGACGAAUCGCAGGGAUGCCAACAGAAUACACUUCACUUUUCAGUCCAUAUUUAGUUCUGAUACGCUGUUUCUGCCGGACAAACCGAGUUACAUUGAUCAGUAUGAUCUAGGAAUUUCGGAGGCGGAUAUAAAAGCUCGUCUUACAAAUCUUGUAGGUACAGAGAAAUACCAAAAAACUUUACCCUGUCCUGGAGUUGGCAGGGACUACCCUAUACACGACAGACUCUACCGAUGCAAUGCCAGCAUUAAUGAUUUCAACACUCGAUUCGACUCCGGAGAUACAUACAAUGUUGUAUUCAGAGCAAAAAAUGGUGGUUUCCGAAUUAUCAACCAUGGCGGAUCCAAACAGUACUAUGAAGGUCGGGAAAACACAAAGGAAGUUAAUAUAAAAUUUGACACAGAGACACCUGUACAUUGUUCUGAGUCUGGGAAUUGUCCUAGUCCUGAUGCCAAAAUGUUGCAUAUAGCCAAAGAUGUGACAAAGACGGUUAUUCAGCUCAGCUGGAAGGGAUGGCGGGAUGAACUCUCUAAAGUUGCACGAUACGCCCUAGAGGUUUUCAAGUUGGAACCAGACGGGUUAGGGAACCUCAAAGAGCCGUACACUGACUUAGUUCCAAAUCCUGUCCCCCUCAGUAUAACAGAAUUUAAUGAAACAACAGAGGGCGGAGAACACACGUUUAUUUUCAGACCAUCACAGCCUGGUGUCUAUUCCUGGAUUUUGGAGGCGAAUGACCGAGCGAACAACUCUGCCUAUGCGCGGCGGUUCGUUAUUUAUGACCCUGUCUCCAUCGUUACAUCAGAUCCUACUCAUUUAAUGCAUGCUACGUCUGGCAACCCAGGAGUAUACUACGAGUGGCAAAUUGAAAACCCCCAAACCGUCAAUGUCACCUGGAAAAACUACUUUGCCAAUGUUCAACAUGAAAACGGGAAAUAUUUAAAUCGUAUUAAACUUUUCCCACCUUCUCUGAGCGAUGGAGGUGAUCGUGAUGGCUACAAGAGAAUACUCGAUUCACGUGAUGACACUGAAGGGACGAGAACCAGAGACGCCAUACCGAAUGAACGGGGAAUUAUAAAAUAUGACUUCGCUCACUUAUUCGGCAAGGAACAACAUAAUGCUCCCUCAUACCAAAAUAAAAAUCUUGUUGAAACGUCUAUCAGUAUAUCUUUAGACCGACAACUAUCCGAUGGACAGUCCUUGACUGUUUGGGUGAAAGCAUAUGAUAUACUUGAAAACACUAGAGUGGAACGAAUGGUCCUACAUUACGACUCUUCCCCUCCGUCCGUAAGCAGUCUUAGGUUGCAGAAAAAUGUGGGUGUGGAUAAUAUGGAUUUUUCCAGCAGAAUUCAGAUCCUUGGUGCUACAGAUCCCCACAGUGGUGUUAAGAAAAUCAAAUAUCGAUUCAUUGCCCGGAGCACUGGAGAGCUCAUAAAUAACGGGGAGUACGAAUAUGAAAAUCCUCAACGAGAUACAAACUAUUGUAACAUCAAUCCAUGUGAUCACAAUCUUCCCAAUGGAGACUCGCUCGGUAAAACCAUAACGUUUAACAUUAACAAUUGCCAUGCAAUGAACGUCAGUGAUGUUUCAACAGAAAUAGUAGAUAUACAAAUGGACAUAUACAAUUCAGCAGGUCUAUCCAUAAGUAAAAGCAUUCAGAUUACGGAUCUUACUGACCUUCGAGGGGUCCACUCUUAUUUCGGGCCUAUGAAUGUAACACUCGCAGACGUGAUAUCCCUGUCAAGUGUGAAGAUAAUGUGGGUACAAGCCCCAAGUUGCUACAACAUUCAGGGGAUCAACUUUACCUACUCAAAAGCAGGUGGUAAAGAUGAAAAGGCAUUCUGGGUUCAUAAAAAUAGUCCUUGGUUCACAAUGGCUCGGUUGGAAGCAGGAGUUGAGUAUGUUGUCAGGUUAUAUACCCUGUACGGUGUUAAUGAGAGGAAUCCCGUCCGUAGUGAAGCCUCCAUCUUUAAUUUCACAAUACCACUACCACUUCGAAAACCUGAAUCCCAGAGUGGUGCUGCGGCUGUUGCCGGGGGAGUUGUUGGUGCGCUUGUUGUAAUCAUCCUAUUGGUAGUGCUUCUGAUAUUCCUGGUGAAAACCAGAAGAAUGGAAAACCCAAUCACCAGAAUUCGUUCUAUGUCCAAAAGGCCACCCAGUUACAUCCAGAACAAGUUUGAUUUCCCAGGAAAUAUAAGGAGCACUGGUUCAAAAUCUUAUAAUAAUCGAGCCUAUUCCCAAACUUUUGAUGAUGACGUAUAUUACGCUGAAAACGAGACUCCCCUGAGAUACCAGAUCGUUCGAUCCCGGAUAACGUUUGAAGAGGAGAUCACCCGAGGAAAGUUCGCCAUCAUCUACAAGGCUAAAUACUUAAAAGACAACAACUCAACUACUGUGGUAGCCAAAACUAUGAAAGAAAAUCCAUCCCAAACUGAUAUCGAAAUGAUGCACGCAAAAGUGAAUUUUUAUGCUAUGAAGGUAGGCGAGCAUCCAAACAUCCUGAAAUUCAUUGGAGUGGUGGAUGACAAUGUCCUCGGGCGAUUCAUGGUCCUGGAAUAUUGUGAAAAUGGCCCGCUGAAGGAAUAUUUGAAGAGCAAACGACACAAAGUUAACGAUGAGAUGCACGAAAAACUUUACAGAUUUGCGUGCGGAAUCUGCAAAGGAAUGAACUAUUUAGCUUCACACGGGGUUGUACACAGACGUCUCGCUGCAAGAAAUGUCUUGCUGACAUUCCUUCUGGAGACCAAAAUAACAGGCUUUGGACCCGAACCUCGAGAAAAUGACGGCGAUGCCCAGGCUGAACGGAUUCCCAUUAAAUGGAUGGCUCCAGAAUGCAUCAAAACAACGAAGUACGCGACGGAGAAGAGCGAUGUCUGGUCCUAUGGAGUUGUGCUUUGGGAAAUUUUCUCUAUGGGCGAUGCGCCAUACGAAGGUGUGAAGAGUUCGGAAUUGGAUUCAAGGUUGAAGCGUGGGGAACGCCUGAAGAAACCAGAGCACAGCGAUGACGUAUUCUACAAAAUCAUGAAAAGAUGUUGGUCAUAUGAGAGCGACAAACGUCCAAACUUUGAGGAAAUCCUAGACGAACUUCAAACGCUGUUCACAGGAAACAUAGAAGGAGAGGAUUAUUACUAUACACAGGGGGGACUGUACGACAAUCGAAGAUAAAUACAGCUCUAUCCAAUUCUACUCUACAAAACACAUCUUAAAAUCAUCGUUGAUUGUUACAUGUAUGCCUCUUUUAAAUCAGAAAGAGAGAGAGAGAAAGAGAGUUCAAUUCACCGUGAUUUCAUUUCUUGUUUCAUGAUGUUAUGAUUCAUAUUUUCACGUUAUCUUAUUAUUAAUGAAAAGAAAUGCUUUUUGUACAGGGUUAGUUGGAAUAUAUUAGAAUGACCUUGUCAGUUGGACUAUAUUAGAAUGACCUUGUCAGUUGGACUAUAUUAGAAUGACCCUGUCGUCCGUACAUAAUUUGUUCAGAGUAUAUCUUUACACCGAUAAACAUAUUGAUUAAACUUUGUGUAUAUCUUAUACAUGUAUGAACAAUGAAGUUGUGCAACAGUUAUUUAACAUUCAAGGACGUUAUGGAUAUCCUUGUCCAUUUUGAAGGAGUUAUGUUACAUGUCAUUAUCCAGAGAAUAUUCUCAUUUAAUCUUCCAUGAGCACAAAUUGUAUUCACUAUUUCCCACCACGCAAUGUUCCCUGUGGGGUCAUUAGUGUCUUUAGGACAGUUCUAGUUGUAAAUAGCUUAUAUAUUAUAACACAUAUAUGAAUGAUAAUUGAAUAGACUUUAAAGGUACAUGUAUAUGUAACCAAAUUUUGUCAGUAUGAUAAACUAUGAAAAAUAAUACGAUUUGACAAUUUCGACAAGUUAUAUACGGGUAUCAAAGGAGUGCUGGUCUACUGAAUGUAAAGAAAAAACGAUAAUUUUAUGGUGGAAUGAUGCUUAUGGUGGAUGUGCGCAAGUGUGUGAGAGAAAUAUUAUUAGUAGCGCUAUGUGAUAUGAGAAUUUCAUUUACAGUAUGUGGCCGUACUUAAUGGUGAUUUCAUGUUAAACUUGACCUUAACUCCUCCUCUAUUGCUCAAAGUGGUUCUCUCUACUCUGUUUCCGUCUGUCUUUUAUCUCUGUGUCCCUCCAACAGCCUGCAGGCCGUCCACGCUUCCACGUCGCCAUAUAAUAGCUGACUUUCGAAAUUCCAUGUGCAAGUCAAAUGAUCAUAAAUAUUUCGAAAUGGGGCGAACACUAUCCGCCUCAGAGAAUACAUAAUUAAAUAGAAAAUUAGUUUGAUUACUUUUUAAUCUGAUUUAAAUUGCAUAAUUUGCAGAAAGUGUAUAACUUGAUAUAAAACACAUGUUUUAUUCCUAGGACAAUAUCCAAAGAACACGGCAUAUAUAACUUUAAGCUGCGUUUUAUAUGAAGACAUAUAAGUUAUACACUUUAUGCAAAUUAUGCAAUCUAACUCGGUCACAUUGAAAGGUAAUCAAACUAGUUUCCUAUUUAGUAAACGCCCCUUUUCGAAAUAUUCAUGAUCACGUUACGUUGUUCGCGGAAUUUUAAAGAUCAACUAUCAUACGACAACGUGGAAGCGUGGACGGCCUGAAGGCUGUUGGCGGGACACAGAGAUAAAAGACAGUCAGACGGAAACAGGAUAGGGAGAACCAUUUUGAGCAAUGGAGGGGGAUUUAGAUUUCAAGUUUAACAUGAAAUCAAUAUUCAGUAUAACUACAUACUGUAAACGAAAUUCUCAUCUCGCAUGGAAUUCCCAAUACAAAUUUUCUCGCGCGCUUGCGCACAUCCACUAUAAACGUCAUUCCUUCAUAAAUAUGCAUUAGAAAUCAUCGUUUUCUCCUUAUAUUCAGUAGACCAAUACUCCUUUAAUACCCGUAUAUAACUUGACGAAACUGUCAAAUCGUAGUAGUUGAUUAAUUUUGUGUUCCUUUCUUUAGGGAUAUUAAUUUUUGUAUAUUUGUCAAUCUGUGUCACACUUUGGUUUUUGGAUGUCAUCUCCAACACGCUUUAACUUUAGCAAUGUUACAGUACAGGAGAAGUCUUUAGUAUGACCCCUAGCGUUAACAUGUAGGUCAAAAGGUUGCAUAUUGUGACAAAUUUGCAGAUGAUAUCUAUAGAUUUAAUAAUGAAACGAGGUAAAUAAGAACGAACUGUGUCACAGAGAGGUGAAAGAUCCUCGGCCGGUACAAGGGAAUGAACAAUUGUUUUAGGGUGGUUCUUAAAUCCUACCCUUCUAAAACAGAAACCAAUUAAAUCAAAGGAAUCUGCUUGUUUAUAUUUAUUGUAUACCUUUAACCUUGCCCUUCUAAAAACAGAAACAAAAUAAAUUAACUGAAUCUUGUUGUUCUCAUCUAUUGGUUAACCCUACUCUGCUAAAAACACAAACAAAAUAAAUUAACUGAAUCUUGUUGUUCACAUCUGUUGGUUAACCCUUCUGUGCUAAAAACAGAAACCAAAUAAAUUAACUGAAUCUCCUUGUUCAUAUUUCUUGUAUACAUGUCUAGAUAGAUUGUAACUGUAGUCGGUUUGAAUAAGAUCCAUGUUUUGCAUUGUUCUUUGAUAACAUGUAACCAUACCUGCUAGGAUGUUCUUUGUGUACUGCUGUCCUUCAAUACAUGUACACGUAGUACGUACAAUAAAAAACCCUCAAAUAAUUGUUGUUGUACUUUCUGUCCGUCCGUGAUAAAAACGAGACUUUUAGGUCCACGUCAAUAUCGGAUUUGUACAUUUAUUAUCAGUAUCAAUGCUACUUUGAAAAGAAACCAUCCGAUUUUGAUUAGGCCUUAGGCAAUUUCCGAGAUGUCAUAGAGGUACGUUCAGUGGUCUGUUGAGCGCUUGGGUGGGUACAAGAUGUAUACAUAUACUAUAGACUAGCUAAAUUAAUACAGAUAAAAGUAAUUUUGUUUAUAGCAGCCGUUGGUAUACAUUAAACUGACCAUAUCAAGAAUAAUAUUUAAUUGAAUUAGGUCAUUAAAUGAAAUAUGAAAUUAUUUUUUAUUUCCUCUUCUGCUUUUUGUUUGAGCUAUUUUAUUAUUAAAUACUAAUAAACUUACUAAUAUUGUAUGUCCCUGUAGUUUGGGUGGUUGCAUGAUGUCUGAUAAUCGGCCUUUAAAAGGCAAUAUAUCAAGGCAGCGAUAAGCAGUUGUACCCACCGCGUGUGGACGAUAAUAUGUUUUGCGUCUCACUGUGCGUAAGAGUUCCACAAAGGGAAAGAAUUAAUGAGCAACUCGGAAAUUACGUAACUGUAAAAUUUAAAUGACUUCGCUUUGCAUUGAAAGACUUUCCCUUUAUGUAAGCUAAAUGUUUCAAUUUUUGGCCAGGUUGCGCAACGUGCAUCGGGCUUUAUAUUUUGGUGAAGAGCGGGUAGGCAUCAUAGGGUACCUAUAUAGAGUAAUCAACUCCUCUCACACUUCUAACUUAUCAUUCCUCAAACUCUGUAUAGUUGUUAUGGACACAUUGAAGAUGUGAAAGUGUCUUUUUGAAAGUGUUCACACAUUUUUCAAAUAAUUUACAUGUAGAUGAACUUUGUCAUUUUUAAGCAUUUCAUGAAUAAACGGUACCUAUUUUGUGUAAUCAUCUCCUCUCAUGAUCUUACUUGAUAUUCCUCAAACUUUGUACAGAUGUUAUGUACACAUUGAAGAUGUGCAUUUGUCUUUUUGAAAGUGAUCAGACAUUUUCUGAAAAAUUUACAUGUAGUUGAACUUUGUCAUUUUUUCAAGCAUGGUACGUAGACCCGCUUUGUGAAACCACCUCCUCUCGCAGAUUUUACUUGAUAUUUUUCUGACUUGUACAUUAUAGUUGUUUCCUAAAGAUCUCUGUACUGCUGUCUCCAUGAUAGAUAACAUACACAACAGCAACCUGGCCAUUUCUGUUCUUAAUCGAUUUUCUAUACUUUAGUUAAAGCUAUUAAUUUUAUGAUUUGUAACUAAAUGUUUAAAUAUAUAAUAAAUUAAAAUAGCAAAAUUA